UAAUUGUAAUAUAUAAACGCUUAAAUAAAUAAUAAAAAAAAAAAUUAUAUAGAAUUUAAUAUUUAAUUACACUAAUAAAAAUAUUAUACUGAUACAUUUUACUAGCAUAUCUGAUUUAAUAAAAGUAAAGUCAUGCACAAUUUAGUAACAAAGUUUGAUAAAGCUGUAUUUUUAAAGUAUAACAUAGAGAACUAUAUUUCUUUCAACUCUUAACAAUAUUAUUAGGUAUAUUGUCUUUGGUGAGAGUAUAUGGAGAUCAAUCCAUCAAAAGUCACACUCCGUCCAUUCAAUCUAACGGACGUGGAUGAUUUGAUGCUAUUUGCAGGCGAUGAUCAAGUGACUCAACAUCUUCGAUGGAACACGUUGACCUCAAAAGAUGAAGCGUUGACUUUCAUAAAAGAAGUUUGUAUUCCUCACCCUUGGCGCCGCUCCAUAUGCAUCGAUGACCGUUCGAUCGGCUUCAUUUCGGUCUUCCCUGGUAGAGAUGAAGACAUGUUUAAGGCCAACAUAGGCUAUGGUGUGACCCCCAACUAUUGGGGCCAAGGAGUGGCUACUCAAGCCAUGAACAUAGCUGUUCCUCAAGUUUUCAAGGACUUGCCCCACUUGGUAAGGCUGGAAGCUUAUGUUGAGGUUGAGAAUAAGGGAUCUCAAAGGGUUUUGGAGAAAGUUGGGUUUCAAAAGGAAGGUCUCCUUAGGAAAAAUACUUUCUUUAAAGGAAAACUCAGAGAUUUUUUUGUGUAUAGCUUUUUAUCCACUGAUUUUCCUCCUCAAAAGCUGUAAUUAAAUGUUUUCCAACAGUGUGAGGACUUGGAAUAGAAGAGGAAAUCUUAUGUUAUGAAAAAUUCGUGAUUUGUCAUGAAAAAUCUUAGAAUUAGCCACUUCGAAGUUCUUGCCAAAUCAUUUGCUCGGAUUGUACUGUUGUUAUAAUUAUAUUUUUGUUUCCAAUGAAAGAAAAAGAGGUUAUAAUUAA